AUGAGCCGGCAAUGCAGCAGCUCUAAAUCCCUUCACGGGAGACGGAGUUAUACUUCUAGCAGUGGGUUCCGUGGGGGCAGCAGCUUGUCCUCCUUGCACCUCACGGGAGCAGGCAGAGGCGGGGGCUACAGCAGCAUAAGCCACUAUGACCCUGAGCAUAGUAGGAGAUAUUCUGCAGCAAGCGCUAGUGGUGGGUUGGGCUACGGGGCCGGGCCCUUUGGCUACAGCAUUGGGCCGGUGGGCUUCGGUGCUGGAAAUGGAAAGCUGGAGGGCUUGCGCAGUCAAAAUGCAGAGGCCCACAGCCAGGAUGGAGAACACGGCAACCAAAGCAGUGAUGGUUACAGACCACAGGGUUUCAGCAGCCAGAGUCUUGGUGGUGGGUACGGUUACAGCAGACGCUAUCGGCCAGGUGGCUUUAGCAGCCGAAGUCUGGGUGGCGGGGUCAGCAGAAGCGCUUUUGGUGGCGGUGUGGGCUACGAAUGCAUCGGUCGCUUUGGGGAAGGGAGGGGGAUCCACACGGUCCGAGUCAAUGCAAACCUUCUACAGCCUCUCAAGAUCCAGAUUGACCCAGAGAUUUCUCGAGUGAAGGAGGAGGAGCGGGAGCAGAUCAAAACCCUCAAUGAUAAGUUUGCUUGCUUCAUUGAUAAGGUAAGGCACUUGGAGCAACAGAAUAAACUUCUGGAAACCAAAUGGAACUGCCUGCAGCAGCAGGGACCUAUCGAAAAGGCCAACCUUCAGCCCUUCUUUGAAAGUUACGUCGCAUCCUUGAAGCGCCAGCUGCAGCUGCUGCUGAAUGAGAGGGAACAGCUGCUACUGGAGCAGGCCAAAUUCCAGGAUGUGGUCGAGGACUUCAAAAGCAGGUAUGAAGAAGAAAUCAACCGCCGGCUGGCUGCAGAAAAUAAUUUUGUACUGCUAAAAAAGGAUAUUGACCUUGCCUAUACCAGCAAAGUGGAUCUAGAAGUGAAAGUGGAAAACCUGAAAAAGGAGCUCAACUUCGCCCAAUUUAUCUCUGAAACUGAAGUAGAAAGUUUACAGUCGGCAAGUGCAGAAACCAAUGUUAUUGUGUCAAUGGACAACAGUCGAGUCCUUGACAUGGAAGGAAUAAUACACUCAGUGAGAUGUCAAUAUGAAGAGAUUGCCCAGAAGAGCAAGGAUGAGGUCAAUGCUCUGUAUGAAAACAAGUACAAAGAGCUGCAGAACACAUGGGGAGAUUAUUGCAACAAUCUCAGCAGUGGCCGUCAUGAAAUCCAAGACCUCACCCGUCUGAUCCAGAGAUACAGAGGUGAAAUAGAAAAUACCAAAAAACAGAUUGAGGCGUUACAGACGUCUGUUGCUGACAACGAGCAGCAGGGGGAGAGUGCUUUGAAAGAUGCCAAGUCAAAGCUUAUUGAAGUGGAGAAUAACCUGCAGGGUGCGAAAGAUGAACUGGCUCGCCUGCUGAGAGAUUACCAGAACUUGAUGAAUGUCAAGCUUGCUCUGGAUAUUGAGAUUGCAAUGUAUAAGUCACUUCUGGAAGGAGAAGAGAGCAGGAUAUCUAAUGCUCCUCCUGUUAACAUAUCUGUUGUAGGUUAUCCCAACAACUCUGUAGCUGGUGGACGCACUUAUGGUGGGACAGUUGGAGGAACUGGAUUUGGAAGGAGAGGUAUACAAGGCCCUGGACAAGGUUACACCCAAAGAAACACCACCAGCAGCGGAAGAUCCAGCUCUAGAAGUGGAAAACUUGGCAGCAAAACUGAAUCUAGCUCUAGAAGUGGGAAUAAUCUUUCUGGGUUUGGGCAAUAUACAACCACUACUGUAGUCCCAUCUGCUUCUAAGAAUUCUGAUCCAGCAAAAGUAGGAGGUUCUGGAGGUGGAGCUUAUAAUUCUAAGAGUAGAGGACACAGCAGCAAAACUGGGGGUCACAAUGCAAGCAUGACACAUAUUUCCACAGCUACUGGGGUUCGUAGCACAGGUCCCUCUGGGGGGAUCUCUAUGAGUGGCAGCUACAACAUCCAGAGCACUGGAGGAUACACAGGGGAUGAUUACGGUGGUCUUUAUUAG